AUGGCACCCACAGCCCUCGCCGACGUGGCCGACGACCACACGCUCGGCCAGCACCUCGAGUCCAUCUCGGACGCCAUUGACGACGUCAACUCAAUCAAGUACGACACGCAGUCCAAGUUUGACGCGACCAAGGACAAGGCCACGUUCCGGCAGUACGAGGACGCCUGCGACCGGGUGCGCAACUUCUACCGGGAGCAGCACGCCAAGCAGACGGUGGCGUACAACCUGGCGGCGCGGGCGCGCUUCUACUCGGCGAGCCGGCCGCGGCCGCGCAUGACCAUCUGGCAGGCCAUGGAGAAGCUCGACACGCUCGUCGACGAGAGCGACCCGGACACGAGCCUCAGCCAGAUCGAGCACCUCCUCCAGAGCGCCGAGGCCAUCCGCCGCGACGGUAAGCCGCGCUGGAUGCAGGUCACCGGCCUCAUCCACGACCUCGGCAAGCUCAUGCUCUUCUUCCCCGAGCUCGGCACCCAGGGCCAGUGGGACGUGGUCGGCGACACCUUCCCCGUCGGCCUCGCUUUUGACCCGCGCAUUAUCUACCCGGACACCUUUGCCGCCAACCCGGACACCCGGGACCCCGUCUACGCCUCCCCGCUCGGCAUCUACCACGAAGGCUGCGGGCUCGACAACGUCAUGCUCAGCUGGGGCCACGACGAGUACCUCUACCACGUCGUCAAGGACCAGAGCACCCUCCCCGACGACGCCCUUGCCAUGAUCCGCUACCACUCCUUCUACCCCUGGCACCGCGAGGGCGCCUACCGCGAGCUCAUGUCCGACAAGGACCACGCCAUGCUCAAGGCCGUCCAGGCCUUCAACCCCUACGACCUGUACAGCAAAAGCGACGAUGUGCCCCGCGUCGAGGACCUCAAGCCCUACUACAUGGGCCUGAUUGACGAGUUCUUUCCGCAGGGUGAAUUGGCGUGGUAG